AUGGCCCCAGGACUCACCGGCGCCAGCGAGGCCCAAAGCCUCCAUGAUGAUGUGGCAGUUCAGUCAUCCGCGAGCUUUCAGUAUUCACGCCAUCACCUGAAGAAGGCGAGGCCGAUGAGAAUUGUUGUUAUCGGCUGUGGUAUCUCGGGAAUUGCCAUCGUGAAGAUGUUCAAGGACAGAUUUACUGGCCAGCCAGUUGAGCUUGCCAUCUAUGAGAAAAAUACGUCUGUUGGUGGAACUUGGUUUGAGAAUCGUUAUCCAGGCUGCUCCUGUGAUGUCCCAUCGCACACUUAUACUUUCUCCUGGGAUGGCAAUCCUUAUUUCUCUCGAGUUUACGCAGGCUCCAAGGAGUUAUACGACUAUUUUGCUAGCCGAGCAGAGGUGUACGGUGUGCCUGAAUACCUUCACCUCCAGCACCAGGUCACUGAAGCUCGCUGGAACGAAACUACUGGGCAGUACGAGUUGAUCAUUAAAGAUCUAUCCACGGGAGAUAUCAUUCAUGACAAGGCAGAGGUUGUGAUCAACGCGUCUGGCAUUUUGAACUCGUGGAAAUGGCCUGAUCUCCCAGGACUAGACAAUUUCAAGGGGAUCCUCCUUCAUUCUGCCAACUAUGACACUACAGUUAGGCUUGAGGACAAGGUCGUGGGCGUAAUUGGCACUGGGUCUUCGGGUAUUCAAAUUGUCCCACAGGUUCAACCAAUUGCGAAACAUUUGCACACCUUUCACCGCUCAGCAACGUACAUCACGCCGGAGCUUGGCCUUGAGGUUGCGCCUGACGGGAGAGACACCGUAUACACCAAAGCGCAACAGGACAGAUGGGCAGCAAACCCGGACGAAUUCUUACGAGUUCGUAAAAAGGCCACGCAUGUGUUGAACAGCGGAUUUGAAGUCAUUGUCAAAAACUCGAAGGAGCAGAGAGACACGAUGCAGGUAUUUAAGAAGCUUAUGGAGCAACGUUUAAGCAAGAAGAAGGAGCUUAUUCCUAAACUUGUCCCAAACUUUGCUCUAGGAUGCCGCCGAUUCACUCCUGGAGUUGGGUACCUUGAAGCCUUGUGUGAGGACAACGUGACAGUGCGGACAGAGGGAAUUGCAGAGGUCGUUCCCAACGGCGUCGUUAUGGCUGACGGUACCCGGGUUGAACUUGAUGCCCUGAUCUGUGCUACUGGGUUCAACACUUCAUUCGUGCCUUCCUUUCAACUGAUCGGGGAAGACGGAGCGGUUCUGAAUGAGAUCUGGAAGGCCGGGCCUCGAGGUUAUCUUGGGCUCGCCGCAGCUAAAUUCCCAAACUACUUUAUGACGACCGGACCCAGCGCGCCCGUGGCACACGGCACGUUUAUCCCGUGCAUUGAGACCUAUGUUAACUACGCAUUCAACGCGGUGGAGAGGCUCAUGACGGAGGGUAUCAAGUCUAUUACUGUGAAGGAAGAAGCCGUCGAUGACUUUCAGGAGCAUAAAGAUGAUAUCGUGAAAGACUUGGUGUGGACUUCUGGCUGUCGAUCAUGGUACAAGAAUGGAACGACUGAUGGUAAGGUUUGGGGUCCGUGGCCAGGUUCAGGACCGCAUUUUCUCGAAUCUCUCGCGCAACCACGUUGGGAGGAUUUUGAUUUCAAGUACCUGACGGGAAACCGCUUCCAAUAUCUCGGUAAUGGACAGACGUUGCGGGAACUGACAGGUGGCGACUUGUCUUGGUUUGUGACGGGCUCGCAG